AUGCAAAGUCUGAAUUUUCCGUGCACUGAUGCGCCACAUGCGCCACUUGCUGAUGCAUUUGAAGUGGAUGAUUUUUUACUGGAUGAUGUUGAACAGUGUUGCAAUUUCCAAGUUACUGAUAGUACCAAUGCAUCACUAACUGGAGGAAGCGAAAUGUCAGAUGAUAGCAAAGAUGAAGAAGAAAUGGAGCAAGAUGAAAUGGAUAUGCUUACAGAUGUGACCGACGAUGACUUCUUUUCCGAGGAUGAUGGUGAAUUGAAUAAAGAGGACGAGUAUCCAGAAUUGAUAAGGACCUGUGGGGAAUCAGUCGUCGAGAAUGAAAGUUAUGAUUUUGCCGUGAUGGACAUUGAAAAGGAUAUGAAUAAUGUCAAGAGAAAAAGAAAGGCAGAUAGUUCGAUGACAAGCAAGAAAAAACGAGUGAGAUGA